AUGGCACAUAAGCACAUACGCCAUGAGGAGGGGGCGCUUUUUACUGCUAUUUCGGGAUUGCCUGUUGCGCUCUUGAGCGGGUUAUUGAUGUCACUGCUGCUCCUUCUCGGCCAAUCGGUUCCUGCUACGUGUCAGCAAUGUAGAGUCGACCAAGGAAGCUGGGUGUACGACAGGGUGUACGAGCCUGCUUAUAACGGGUUCACGUGCAAGAGUAUCCGUUCGUAUUACAACUGCCAGCGCAACGGGAGGAAGGACACCGGGUACCUGAAAUACGUGUGGAGGAGCCCUGGCUGCGAUAUAAGAAGAUUCAACCCCGUUAGAACGCUCUCCAUUUUGCGCAAUAAGGUGUUCAUGUUUGUUGGCGACUCGUUCGUUAACAACCUCGAGAUCUCCAUGCGCUGCCUGCUAGAGACUAAAGCGGUUACUAAGGACUUCAGGGGCAAGUUUGGACGCACGGGGAUUCGAACUCGCGGCUUUAUCAUCCCCCAGUACAACAUCUCUUUCCUCCGCAUGCCCUCCAACUUCCUUGUCCGGUCCAGCCCUGUGGGCGUUGCGUCCAGUGCAGGCGCGUGGAGGGUGCACUUGGACAGGCCUGAUCCGAGCUGGUUCAAGCUGCUGCCCCACACCCACUACGUUAUCUUCAGCGCUGGUCACUGGUUUAUCAACGCGCCUUCAAAUCUCCGACUCUACUACCGCAAAAACCAGCAACUCCCCCCGUUCCCACGCCCCUACGCUCCCCUCUACGACGCACACUUAACCAUCCGAAAGUUCUUAGUUAACAGCCGGUACUCAGGGCUCCCCAUGGUGAUGACCUUCUCGGCUUAUCACUAUAACAACGCGUUCUCUAGCGGGGAUGCAGCCAAGAGCUGCAUGGACAUGCGGGGGCAGGUGAUGAACGGCACGAGGAUGCUGUGGGCAGAGAGGAAUACGGAGACACUGCAAGCAAGAGACGCACAAGUGAAGGUGAAUAAAUACGGGCGAAUUAACUCGCCCGGCAAUGACAUCCGUGUAGCCAUGGCGAAGAAUGCGAGCAAGGCGGGAAGUCAUACCGCGGUCUCCGGUGCGAGCUGUGACGGGGACGACGGAGAAGAAGCGAACGCCGACGACGCCGAGGAGGAUUGGCCGGAGAACGGCCACGACGACAGCGCUUCGGGCGACGAAUUAGGUCCUGCCGACAUCGAGGAGGACGAAUGGUGGAAUCGGCCGGUCGGGAGCGACGACGAGGUGGAAGAGUGGCGGGCUGGAGAUUCGGACAACGACGGAGGUGAAAAUGUGAAUGGUGACAACGCGGAGGCAGCGGCGGAUGCACAGGAAGCGGCGAUGGAUGCGAAUGAGGAGGCUAAAGACGGCGCGGCCGCAGUUGCGGAUGCGGAUGCUGUGGCAGAGUCGGACACGGUUGCUGCGGAUGCCGUCUUAUUUGACGGUGAAAGCGGCGACGACGACCCAUGUAGCCUUGGGACAGACGACGACGUUCCGCUACUGAAGCGGAGGCUGCGCCAUCGCCUACAGUCCAAGUCGAAGCGGGCCCGCGUGGUGCUCUCUGACGACGACAGUCCGGGGGAGGAGCGUCGCCCGAAACUCACCGCUGCGGAGAAGGGAAAAGCCAAGGUCGCGGAAGCCCCUGCUAAGGCCCCUGCUCGUCGCCGCACAAGCAACAAGAAGCGGAUAUCCGACGGAGACCCGGGAUCUAGCAAGGGUGCGGCUAAGAAGAAGGCGCCGAAUCCUGACGACAUCGUCGUGAACGAGACUCUGGGCAGCGACGAUGAGUACGCGGCGGCUGCGGGCCCGAUUCCCACGUUCCCUGAGAAGGUCACGCCGAAGGACCCCACCCUCCAUAAUCCCAACACCCGCCCACCUUCCCCUCGCAGCAAGGACACUACGAGAAAGCACCGCAGCUGGACCGUGCGUGAGAAGGUUAAGUGGGCGCGCCGCUAUCUCGAGCUCGGCUCCUUGAAGAAGACGAGUGUGGAGUCAACCGCGUCCAUCGCCUGCAUCAGACGCUGGACGCGCUAA